GCUCUAGGCGGCCGGUGUGCGAGGCGGGCUCUCAGUGGUGCGGCCGGCGGGCGGCUAUGGCGGCCGUACGGGGCCUGCGAGUAUCGGUGAAAGCAGAGGCCCCAGCGGGGCCGGCCCUGGGCCUCCCGUCACCUGAGACGGACUCUGGUUUGGAGCGUGGCGAGCCGGAGCCCAUGGAGGUGGAGGAGGGCGAGCUGGAGAUUGUGCCGGUGCGGCGCUCCCUGAAAGAACUGAUCCCGGACACAAGCAGAAGAUAUGAAAACAAGGCUGGCAGCUUCAUCACUGGAAUUGAUGUCACCUCCAAGGAAGCAAUUGAAAAGAAAGAACAGCGAGCCAAGCGCUUCCAUUUUCGAUCAGAAGUAAAUCUUGCCCAAAGAAAUGUAGCCUUGGACCGAGACAUGAUGAAGAAAGCAAUUCCCAAAGUGAGACUGGAGACAAUCUACAUCUGUGGAGUAGAUGAGAUGAGUACCCAGGAUAUCUUUUCCUAUUUUAAGGAAUAUCCUCCGGCUCAUAUUGAAUGGUUGGAUGAUACGUCCUGUAAUGUUGUCUGGCUGGAUGAGAUGACAGCCACACGAGCCCUUAUCAAUAUGAGCUCUUUGCCAGCCCUGGAUAAGCUAAGAAGCAGGGAUGCCAACGAGGACAGGUCAUCUGAGAAAAGUAAAAAAGACAAGCAGGAAGACAGUUCAGAUGAUGAUGAGGCUGAAGAAGGAGAAGUUGAAGAUGAGAACUCCAGUGAUGUCGAGUUGGACACACUGUCUCAAGUAGAGGAAGAGUCUCUGCUGAGAAACGACCUUCGUCCAGCUAACAAACUUGCUAAAGGAAAUAGGCUGUUCAUGAGAUUUGCUACAAAAGAUGACAAAAAGGAACUUGGAGCAGCCAGAAGAAGUCAGUAUUACAUGAAAUAUGGGAAUCCAAAUUACGGAGGCAUGAAAGGAAUUCUAAGUAAUUCUUGGAAACGAAGAUAUCAUUCCCGUCGCAUUCAGCGGGAUGUGAUCAAGAAGAGAGCCCUGAUUGGGGAUGACGUUGGCUUGACGUCCUAUAAACACCGACAUUCCGGACUAGUAAAUGUUCCUGAGGAACCCAUUGAAGAGGAGGAAGAGGAGGAGGAGGAGGAGGAAGACCAAGACAUGGAUGCAGAUGACAGAGUGGUGGUUGAGUACCAGGAGGAGCUCCCAGCUCUCAAGCAGACCCGGGAGCGGAGCACGUCUAGGCAGUCCAGUGCCAGCAGUUCAGACUCCGACGAAAUGGACUAUGAUCUAGAACUGAAAAUGAUUUCCACUCCUUCACCAAAGAAAAGCAUGAAAAUGACCAUGUAUGCUGAUGAAGUGGAAUCUCAGUUGAAAAAUAUUAGGAACUCCAUGAGGGCAGAUACUGUAUCCACAAGCAAUAUCAAAAACCGAAUUGGUAACAAGUUACCGACUGAAAAAUUUGUAGAUGUCCGACAUCUGUUAGAUGAAAAACGUCAGCACACACGGCCACGGCCACCAGGCAGCAAUACUAAAUCAGACAUACGCCAGCGGUUAGGAAAAAGACCGUAUUCUCCAGAAAAGGCUUUCAGCAGCAACCCAGUCUUUCGGAGAGAGACUUUUUCUGAUGUACAUAGUAGGCUGGGUGUUCCCAGGCAAGAUGUUAAAGGCCUCUAUUCUGAUACUCGGGAGAAGAAAUCAGGUAGUUUAUGGACUCGCUUAGGAUCUGCACCCAAGACCAAAGAAAAGAACAUGAAGAAGGUGGAUCACAGGGCACCAGGCACUGAGGAAGAUGACUCUGAGCUGCAAAGGGCAUGGGGGGCUCUGAUAAAGGAGAAAGAACAGUCUCGCCAAAAGAAGAGCCGGUUAGAUAACUUACCAUCUCUCCAGAUUGAAGUUAGUCGGGAAAGCAGCUCUGGUUCAGAGGCAGAGUCCUGAUGUCCUUGGGGCCAAUGGCAGCUGCCCUAAAGUCUGACAUUCUGGUGCAGGGUGGGGUGCACAGUAGGAACCUCCCCCCCUUCCCCUGCAGGAGUUGGCACCCGUCCUGUGCUUACACAGUCACCCUCAGCUCUUGCUUCUUCAGCAAGACAUAUUAAGAAUGUGACAUGUUUUGAAGGGCAUCUAUCUUUUGCUGCAGAGUUAGAGUUCUGGGCCCUCAAUUCUUUUCCCUCUACCCCACAAGCUUUAUCCUUUGAGGAAAAGGCAGCCCUCCAGAUUUUGUAGAGGUUUUUCUUAAUAUUUUUAACAUUGUGUCUUUUAAAGAAAUGUUUUACACAGUUCAUCCAAAGAGCAGAGAACUGAACUUCUCACUAUUGCCUUGGCCCUGACAGCUGUUACCAGCACCCUUUUCCCAAGAAAAGUCAAUUCCCAGGUGCUUAUUGGACAGCCUUCGAGGGGGAAGAUGA